CAGAUUCAGCCCAGAGUUCUCAACAUGAGCGACAGUGCAGCCGCCGAAACAGCUCCUCCAGCUUCUGCUCCCAUCAAAGCCAAGGCUCCCAAGAAGAAGGUGACGGCUCCCAGGAAAAGAACACCCGGUCCCGGGUUGGGAGAGCUGAUUCUGAACGUUGUCGGGGAUAUUAAGGAUCGCAAAGGGACGUCUCUGUCCGCUGUAAAGAAGGCGCUGGAGAGAAGAGGGAUCGAUGUGGAGAAGCGGAAGGUCCAGAUUAAGAUGAGUAUCAGGAGGUGCCUGGCGAACGGCUCCCUUGUUCUGGUCAAGGGCCAGGGCGUCUCCGGCUCCUUCAAACUUCCUAAGAAUGCAGUCAAGGCAAAAGCGGGAAAGAAGGCGGGAACAUCAGCGGCCGCCAAGAAACCGGCCGUGAAGAAAUCACCCGCCAAGAAGGCCACAGCAAAGAAAUCCCAGGCCAAGAAAGCGACAGCCAAGAAAUCCCCCAUCAAGAAAGCGACAGCCAAGAAAUCCCCAGCCAGGAAAGCGAGCGGCAAGAAGACGGCACCGCCAAAGAAAGCGAGCUUACAGGGCUGCAUCCAAUCCCAGCUCGAGGGCGGGCUCUCCGUUACCUUAAAUACGGAGCACCACAGCAGCCUCAGCAUUGACAGCAGCAGC